GAUAUUAACGUCGAGUGGAUAGAAUGGAGCAGAUUGAGGUUUCCAGGGGAUUAAUUACUUUUUGAGGUUUUUUGGGGUCUGAGGGAAUUUUUUUGAGUGGGGAGUUGUGAUUUCGAGGAAAUGGCUGAGAACCUCGCGGCGAAGCUGUACGGAUCGUUGCAGGGGGAUGAUCUCAAAGCUGAGCAGUGGAAACUCCUGGGUCAGGAGCGUGACUGCUCCCUCCUGAUUGGUUGGAUCGAGGAGACCUCCCCCCCGCACUCGGUAAUCGGUCACUACGACCGCGGUAAAGACUCCCUCCAAGUACUCCACCACUUCCCCACAACCCUAAACAUCGUCCAAGCGUCGAUAAACCAGAGUCACACCCUCCUGGGUUACGUCGUGAAAGACCCCGCGAUCGAUCCCCAAUCCCCCGCGAACCCCGACGACCCUCACCAGUUGUACAAGCCCUUCGUCCUCGAGCUCUCCUCCGCGAAGACCCAUAACCUCGAAACCGCGACCCCUAAACAAGUCCGAAUUCAGUUCCUCUACAAGCAAAAGCCCCUCACCCUCGACAAAUUUCUGGUCCUGAUCCACCACGAGACCAUCACCAUGUACACCGCGACGUUCCACCCCCCGACCCCCGAAAUCCAAGCCCUCAACCCAGAAAUAAUCGUGCGCACCUUCUUGUGGGCCCAGUGGGACUCCACCAACCAAGUCCUCUACCACAUCCACAACCGUCGGCCCCAGGCAAGCGUCAUCGCCGAGGAGGACGACGAAGCCCGUCCUAAGCCCUCCUCAUCCCCGACGCUCAGUGGCCUCCAGUUCCACGACGAACUCCCCCACGAGACCGUCCUCAACAUCCCCCUUAACCUCCCCCAGCUACCCACCUCAGGCUACUGCGGCACCUACGAGGAUGACGUCAUCCCCCUGAGGGUGCACGAUUGCUCCCUAGACCUGAUCGUCAUCUCGGACACCCGAGGAAUGGUCUGCGUCUGCCAUCACUACCUUUACAGGCCUGUUCAACCCCCCCAGCACAUGCUGGACGCCACCCUGAGUGACUCCAACACCGUGCACUUCGCGUAUUCCGUGACGCUAUUGCAUCACAGCUGCGUGAUCCACUGCGUAAUCCCGGGAAUCCCCUGGUCCCAAGCGAAACUCAUGCGGCCGACAUUUUGUAUUGCCGACGGUGGCGACUACAUGAUCGUUCUGGUCCAGGGUUUCUUCACACACCUGUUGGAGAUUGGUGUGACCCAUGACCCCAGUUGUCACAUUCUCUGUGGACCACUACCGACAAUCCCUGAGGGAUCCUCGUACCUGGUGCCAUUGAUUAAUCUUCCGAGUGCCUCGCACAACCUCAAAGGGAAGAAGGGGUUCUUGGCUGGGAGGGAGGCCAUCUCGAACAGUCUGACCAUCGACUUGCCUACCCUGGACCUGGUCCCUCUGGACAUAUCCCCCGACUUCCUCAUUGAGACCUUCACAAAGGAGACUUCGGUCCAUGGAAGACUGGGAGUCAUCCACUACUUCAUGUGCCAUAGUCACGACUUCGAAGCCGUCGCCAAUCUGGUCUCGAUAAUGUCUGAUAAACCGAAGUCCCUCAAUGUCGUCCAGUUCAUGCAGGAGAUCCUCAUCGGAGGGUCUUACUCCAUAGUUCAAAGGAACUUGCUACCGGACGCCGUUCCUCUUCUCUCCCUCCUACCGGUGACGACGGUUAAGGAUUACUCUUCCUACGAAGUGAAGAUCAACAACCUCGGGAUUACCCUGAGCCACGAGAAGCUGUGGAACACCUCGGUGAUGCUGUUGUCGCCUCAGCAGAGACUGGUCCCUUACAGGAGCGAUCUCUGGACGAGGCUCUGGGACAACCUGGGGAAGAGAAGCGAGAGCAAGCCUCGCUUCAACCCCAGUCAGAUUACUGACAAGCUGCUGGUGUCACUGGCUUGCUACCAGCCGGAGGCGUUGUCCAGGUGCAGCACCCCCAUGUCACCCAGUGGAGGUCUCGUCCUGGCGACGUCCUCGGGGUCUGCUCUGGCCUCGACUUUGGCAACAGCUUCCGCCGCUUUUGGCGAACACCUGAUGUCCAACAGAGCGAACAAGAUGUUGGACGCGGCCCUUCCAUUCGUGGAGAUGGAGAACUGCACGGCUUCCCGGCAGGAGCACGUGGUCUCCGUCAACCUGAGGGAGCUGUCGAUGUAUCUACUGAAACAUGCGACCAACACGCCGGCGACUUCGUACGUCUCUUGCACUAGCCUUCAGGUACACGCGAUGGCGACGAGGUAUGUCGCUGCGCAACUCGAGAGCUCCAGGAUGUUGUGCCAGAUGCUGUCCAGGGCGGCUUGUGUGGACCCCAGGCUGGAGCAGGAGAGGGGCUUCAUGCUCAUUGAUCAGCUUGAUGAGGGGAGGAGGGCUCUGCUCUUCAGCAUGAUGGAGAGGUAUCGGUAUGCCAUCGAGAUCAUGGCGUUCCCGGUGCCCCAGGGCUUCUCCUCGUUCUUCACGUAUUUGGGGUACCGGAGUCUCAGGUACUCCAUGUUUCUCCAGUAUGUGGAGAGGGCCGUUUUCGAACUGCAGGUGGAUGUGACAAAGAUCAUUAUCGCAGACAUUGGAGACACUAAGGAGAACGUCAUAAAGAAGCUCCAUCUCCUCUCGCUUCUCCCAAGAUCCCGAGGAAAGCGACUGCUCAACCAGUGGCUCCAUCCCGUCAGCUUCAUGCUGAGGGCCCGAGAGCACGCCACCAACAUCCUCUCCGGGGAAAUAUGCCAGAAUCGGGGAAGAACUUCGCAGCACUGUCUUCGGCACAACGGCCUCGCUGCCUUUCCCUCCGCCGAUCGUCUCUCACCUCUCGACACUUUUUUGGAUCUCCUCACAGCCAAAGCUAGUCUCACCGAACUGGACUUUGGUCUUCUCAUCGAAGCCACUGUCACGUCUACCGAGGACUUUCUGUAAUCGUAGAUCGUAGAUCUAUUGUCUCAAUUUAUCGAUCUUCCGUUGGGCCAUUGGCAACCACCCUUAUGGGAAUGAGAUAUAUGCAGCACUUAUAUUUAGCAUUUAUUUGGCAUAACUCAUUUUUGGCCGAAAAUAUAUCUGAGAUUUAUUGCAGAUACAUGUGGACGUCCACAUGAAAAGGGACCACUUUGUCGAUAUGGAGUUAUAUAUACUCUGAUAAUGUUUAUAACAUU